CAACAUCACUACCCGGCGUGCCGCGCGGCGCUUCCCCUCCGCCCGCUAAUGUUUUGGCCGACGCAAGAUGGCGGUGCAGGAGUCGGCCGCCCAGCUCUCCAUGACCCUGAAGGUGCAGGAGUACCCGACCCUCAAGGUGCCUUAUGAAACACUGAACAAGCGCUUCCGAGCUGCUCAGAAAAACAUCGACCGUGAGACAAGCCACGUCACCAUGGUGGUGGCCGAGCUGGAGAAGACCCUGAGCAGCUGCCCUGCCGUGGACUCCGUGGUCAGCCUUCUGGAUGGCGUGGUGGAGAAGCUCAGCGUCCUCAAGAGGAAGGCGGUGGAGUCCAUCCAGGCCGAGGACGAGAGCGCCAAGCUGUGCAAGCGCAGGAUCGAGCACCUCAAGGAGCACAGCAGCGACCAGCCGGCGGCCGCCAGCCUGUGGAAGCGGAAGCGCAUGGACCGCAUGAUGGUGGAGCACCUGCUGCGCUGCGGCUACUACAACACGGCGGUGAAGCUGGCGCGGCAGAGCGGCAUCGAGGACCUGGUGAACAUCGAGAUGUUCCUGACGGCCAAAGAGGUGGAGGAGUCCCUGGAGAGGCGCGAGACGGCCACCUGCCUGGCCUGGUGCCACGACAACAAGUCCCGGCUGCGCAAGAUGAAGGGCCGCCAGGGCGAGCAUGACGCGAAGCCGGGACGGAAAAGUAGAGUGGCCAGUGGCUCCCCUAAGGAGAGUGAGGAUCUUGGUAUGGAAACCAUAAGAGGAAAGCCAGAAUUGAGCUGCCUGGAGUUCAGCCUCAGGAUUCAGGAGUUCAUUGAGCUCAUCCGGCAGAACAAGAGACUGGACGCCGUGCGACACGCCCGGAAACACUUCAGCCAGGCCGAGGGGAGCCAGCUGGACGAGGUCCGGCAGGUCAUGGGCAUGCUGGCCUUCCCGCCAGACACGCACAUCUCCCCCUACAAGGACCUGCUGGACCCGGCCCGGUGGAGGAUGCUGAUCCAGCAGUUCCGGUACGACAACUACCGGCUGCACCAGCUGGGGAACAACUCCGUGUUCACCCUCACCCUGCAGGCCGGCCUCUCGGCCAUCAAGACUCCGCAGUGCUACAAGGAGGACGGCAGCUCCAGGAGCCCCGACUGCCCCGUGUGCAGCCGCUCCCUGAACAAGCUGGCGCAGCCCCUGCCCAUGGCCCACUGCGCCAACUCCCGCCUCGUCUGCAAGAUCUCGGGCGACGUGAUGAACGAGAACAACCCGCCCAUGAUGCUGCCCAACGGCUACGUCUACGGCUACAACUCCCUGCUCUCCAUCCGCCAAGACGACAAGGUCGUCUGCCCGAGAACCAAAGAGGUCUUCCGCUUCUCCCAGGCCGAGAAGGUGUACAUCAUGUAGGCGGCGCCGGCCUCGCAGUGCCUGUUUCUUGCGACCAAAGAUCCGUGAGCAACAGCAGACGCUUAGGAGCAGGGGAAGGAGAGGAGGGAGAGGGAGCGGCCUGUACUCGGAGCCACACUUGAUCGUAGGACUUGGUAACGGGAGUCGACUAGCUGAUGCUUCCGGGGAGGACCGGCACCUUCCGGCACCUUCCGGAGACUCGAGACCCACUGGACACCAGGAGACCCGAGGACGUUUCAGAAACAGUUUCCUCCCUGUUGCUCGUGACCAGCCCUGGGAGCAGCGGGUCCUGCGUGGUGGCGCCUCGCAUGGACGGCUCGCCUCCCGCCGGCGUGGCUGUGCCCCGUGGGGCCCCGUGGCCAUCUGCGAGGCCUGCGUGGUGGUGACACUCGGCGCCAGACGCUGUUGUCACAGACAAACGUCCAGCUGAGUAACCGCAGCGACUGGGAUCCCGGGAACCGAGUAGCCGACGCCGCUGUCCGUAGGUUUGUGCUUAGUGCUCAGUUGCAUGUGGAUGUUGCUUAGCUAAUAAACUGUACAUGUAACCAUGUCAAUAAAAGGGUUUCUAUUUCUCGUU